CCAAGAUGGCCGCCGCCCGGCGCACGGCGAGGAAGGUUGACGGUCGACGCUACGCUUCUGGCUGAUCGUCAAACGCGACGUGACGUGAUACCGCGGGUGAAUCGCGAAAAUUCGACUCGCGGCUCGCGUUUCGUGAUAUCGCGGGCACGAUGGGAAUCUUCUUCUCGAAGAAAAAGCAACCGAGCCGCGUCACCGAGCAGGAUAAAGCGAUCCUGCAAGUGAAACAGACGAGAGAUAAAAUUAAACAGUACCAGAGGAAGAUCGAGCAAAGCUUGGAGAAGGAACGAUUGCUUGCGAAAGAACUUUUGAAAAAUGGAAAGAAAGAUCGUGCGUUACUUUUGUUACGCAAGAAGAAAUAUCAAGAACAAGUUCUGUCACGUGCAGACGGCCAGCUAGAAAAUCUUGAGCGUAUGGCCCACGAUUUGGAAUUUGCUCAAGUUGAGAUGAAAGUUGUUGAUGGCCUAAAAGUUGGCAAUACUGCACUGAAGCAAUUACACGCUUUAUUGUCUAUCGAUGAAAUCGAAAAAGUUAUGGACGACACGAGAGAGGGUAUUGAGAAGCAAAGAGAAAUAGAUGAAAUAUUGACGUCAACACUUGCUACAGAAGAAGAAUUUGACGAAAGCGAGAUUGAGGCAGAAUUGGAUGCAUUGGUGGAAGCAGAUAUCAACGAGAAAGCUUCCGAAAUACCAAAAGACGUUUUAUUACCAGAUGUGCCAAAGGAUUUACCAGAGAAGGAGGCGGAGGAGGAGGAGAAGAAGAAACGUACGAAAGAAAAGAUUCAAGAGCCGAUUGCAGUAAUGGCAUGAAAUCUUCAAGGUAUUGAUGGACUUUUGUUAAAUCAAGACUUUUUGUGCAAUAAGCUAUGUAUAUAUGUACAGUAAAUAACAUAUAAUAAGUAUAAUUUAUAAAAUUUAUUUAAAAAUCAAAAUUUUAGCCUAAAGUGUAAUUACUUUUAACACAUCAUACUGUAUAUUGUAUAAUAAAAUUCAUUAUGCAAUACUUAUAUGUUAUCUGAAUAUAAAAAUUCAGUGUUGGAAGACAUAUGGAGCAAAUAAACACAAUUUUUCUAUAUAUUAAAGUUAAUAUGUGAUCAAGUAUAUAAUGGAUAUAUUUCUCCGCGGAUAGAUAUUACACAAGUUUUUCUGUUUCAACAAUUUGUUUAUUUAAAUAUAAUCUGUGAAACUUUA